UUUUCUUCAUGUCAGAAAGUUAACCGAUCAAGAGAUCGAGGUGUGGGUAACUGAAAUAAUUGUAAAUUCUUUAGGAAGUUGCUUUUUCUUAAUUGGACCUAAGUAGGUCUUUCAGAACGGUUGUCUUGGAUAAUUGGAUAAUAACAUAAUGGAUGGAAAUUCGUUGGAUUUAACGGGAAAGAAAGAGGAGAAACAGCCUCUGGCCAGUUACAAGGCAUUACCUGAAGCAGACAUGGAAGAUGAAGGUAUUUCUUCAGCUAAAGUGGAACUUAAAGUUAAGAAUUACAAUUGUAAAGACGGAGCUGACGAGAAGAUGUUGCAAGAUGAAGAAUCUAACUUAAAUUCCAAUAAUGUUGAUAUUCCGCAUCAUAGUAUCAUAAUUAAGGAAAAAAAUGGGGAUGCAAAACUAGAUAUUGGUGAACUCAAGUCAGCCUUCGCGGGUAUGGGAAAAGAGGAACUUAUGAAGUAUGCCAAUGAUCCGUUUUGGGUAAGAAUCCGCUGGUUUCUUUUCGUUACUUUUUGGCUCUUAUGGUUAGGAAUGCUCUUAGGUGCAAUUGCAAUCAUCUACACUGCUCCUAAAUGUGACUCUCCGGCACCAAGGCAAUGGUGGGAAGAAGGACCUUUAGCUGAAAUAAAAGAAGACAUCACGCCAGAACAGUUGAAGGAAAUGAAAGAUAACGGUGUUAAAGGGUUGAUUGUUGAAUGGUCGGAUGACAGUUACGGGAAAAUAAAUGAAUCUCACAAAGUAAUAGAAUUGCUGAAGAAAGGAAAAGAAAUCGAUUUCCCCAUUAUAUUAGAUCUUGAAGCCAGCAUGUCCAAUAUUUGGUUUGAAAAUUCAGAAAAUAAGGGCGAUUUCAGUGAUUACUAUAUUUGGAAGGAAUCUGAUAAAGUGGAUGAAACAGGUGCACCUUCACCUCCUAACAAUUGGAUCUCUAGAAAGAAUGAAACAUCUUGGAAAUUCUCUUCCAUUCGGAAGGCAUUCUACUAUGCACCAGAAGGCUGGCCCCAAUUGAAUUUCCGCAAUGAAAAUGUUACUCAAGAAUUUGCUAAUGUUCUGAGAAAGUUUGCAGAGAAAGGAGCCAAAGGUUUCCGAAUUCGUGACGCUCAUAUUUUAUUCGUUGAUCCACAAUUCAAAGAUCAAGAACCUGAUAAAUCCAAUGAAGCUCCGGAGAAAGGUUAUUUCUUGAAUGACUAUGGAUUCUAUGUUCACUCCAAAACCGAACACCUACCAGAACUUGGAUCACUUUUGAAAAACUGGAGGAAAGUUGUGAAGAACAUCACAAAUAACGGACCAUUUAUGGUGAAAAAUACCCUUGAGAAGAUUGAGGUAUACAAAGUCAACGGAUCUCUUGUGGUAGAUUUGCCUGCCCAAAACAAUAUUUUCCACAAGACAGUUUUUGAAUCUGAGAAAAUAGCUCAUUCUCUAGAAUAUAUCAUCAAAACACAAGGAGUUCAAUGGCCACUUUGGAGGCACAAAUCGAAUUAUUUGCCAGUAGAUGUUCAAGAUACUAUAACUUAUCUCUUACCUGGAGUUCCUCUUCUCGAAGGAGGUGCAGCUGUCAAUACAGAUCUCCUUAAAAUCAGAUCCUUACCACCUAUCAUGCGUGGUGAAUUUGAAUGUAAAACACUUGCAAAUAAAACUGUCCUAGCUUUUACCAGGUUAACAUCAGGUAGUCCUGGAAUUUUGGUUGCAGUGAAUCCUUCAAAUGAAACAAUAGCAGUGAAUUUCGAAAAAGAUAUGAAUAAAAUAUCCAAUAGACUGACUGUUCAGUUCACAAGUAGCAGUUUUAAUGAGAGCGACUAUAAGCUCGGGUUAAAGAAAGAAGCUAACAAUAUCUUGAUUUCCCCCAAAUCUUCCAUUGUUCUGAGUUAUACUGAAAAAGCUGAAGAUGAAUAGUGUGUUCUGGAGUAAUAAAUAAGCAUUAAUGUGGCAAAUUUUUGUAUUUAAUUUAUCAAUGUGACGGCAGAAUAUAAAUUUAUUUAUAGACAAGGGGCUUAUUGAUUAUUUGUUCAAAUAAAAGAACAAUAAUACUUGCCUGACAUGCAGCUUGAAAAAUAAUACUCAUCGGAAGAUUCUGCUUUGGUAUUGUGAUCAUAUUUUUUGGAUGUAAUCAUUAUACCUAAGAAAUAAAAAGCGAACUAUC